AUGAUCGAUCGAUAUACACAUCAACAACUCCGAAUUGGAUUAGUUUCUCCUCAACAAAUAAGUACUUGGUCCAAAAAAAUCCUGCCUAAUGGCGAGAUAGUUGGAGAGGUGACAAAACCUUAUACCUUUCAUUACAAAACCAAUAAACCAGAAAAAGAUGGAUUAUUUUGUGAAAGAAUUUUUGGGCCUAUCAAAAGUGGAAUUUGUGCUUGUGGAAAUUAUCGAGUAAUCGGAGAUGAAAAGGAAGACCCGCAAUUUUGUGAACAAUGCGGAGUCGAGUUUGUUGAUUCUCGGAUACGAAGAUAUCAAAUGGGCUACAUCAAACUCGCAUACCCGAUUCGAAAUGAGAAACUGUCAUCCCAUUUAAUCCAAUCGGGAUGCCCUGUACCUGACAUGUUUCUUGGUAGGAGUAACAUGAAGCUCAGAAUUAGGGAUGUAUUCAAGACGCUCCCCAAAAAGGGAAUUGAUCUAUGGUCGAUUUCAUAA